CACACACACACACACACACACACACACACACACACACACACACACACACACACACACACACACACAUCUACACACACACACACAAACACACACAUCUACACACAUAUGCGCACAUAUUUCUUGUAUGGUCCAUGCAUCAUACAUUUGGUAUAUGUAUGUAUAAUCACCAGUUGUUAACCUUUGUAUCUACACCCUACCAAGAAAUCAUAACUUGAAGGCUUAAGAUUGCCAUACAUAAAAAAAAUGAAAGUGGAAGGGGAGAAAAUGAAAAUUGAUACUUUCGAUCACAAGUGUGAAAAUUCGGAUAUGAAACUUGAAUGAAAAUAUAACCAGCCGUCGAAGUCUGAAGAACGAAGAGGGACCUCACACCGUCGUCAUAGGGAAAGCCAGUGCUGCUGAAUUCUACCAUCUCGUAACGCACAAUGGUCUGGAGACGAAGGCGACAAGUUGCGUCCAACGAGAGAAGAGAGUCGCCAGGGGAGUGCAUGGCUGGGAAGUCCUUCUUUAGCCAUUGGAAUCCACCGAUGGACCGGCCUCUGAACCAACCUCCUGAUCGCCCUCUUCAUCUGGACGUUGCUAGGCAGAGGGAUGUACCGUUAAGGGUCAGAGAGGCCAUACAGCGGAUUCAGCCAGUAUCCUCCUUUGCACCCAUACCUGGUUUGGAUGCAGCAAGAACAGUUGAGGUACCUGCUACCUGUGACCAAGAGAAUGUACUUAACAAUAGUACAGUAAUUGAGAUUCUGGUGCACCUUCUAUGUCGGGAACGUGAGGCCGAUCCUACACGGAGGGAAUUUCUCUUUAAAGCUAUUAGCAAAGUAAUUGAGCAGUGCAAUUCUACACUCUACCUGCCGUUGCACUCUGUCCCACUGCUGCAGGAUUUCCGAUGUAGUCUUCUUGGGAAAUUUGAGGUCCUCUUUGAACAAGCUCAGACCCAAAUUAUUUCACAGGGCAGCCACCUUCCCUUUCCAAGUCCUCUGACCCAGCUUACUCUGACGAGCCAAACCCACCGGCUCCUGGACAACAGAUACUGCCGAGAGUUUGAGGAGCUUUCUGUUCUGGGCAAGGGAGGCUUUGGACUUGUCACCAAGGUCAGACAUAAGCUGGAUGGAUGUCACUAUGCUGUCAAGAUUAUUCCAAUGAGAAAAAAUGACCUGAAAACAGUCAAUACCUUACUUAGGGAAGUGCAGUCACUGGCCCAGCUGGACCACCCUAACAUUGUCCGGUACCACAGCACCUGGAUCCAGAUGUACCAUCGCCCUGGCUCCAAGAAACUCCGAAAGGCGAGGCAAAUCUCCAAGGGAGAAAGUUCUUACUCCCCCUCAGUGUCAGCAUCCAGAGCAUCCUUUGUGCCAAAGUCUUCUGUUAUGAUCAGAGAACUAUCAAGGUCAGUAGAAGAAUCAGCAGAAGUCUCUGAUGGAAUUGAGUUCAGAGAUGACAGUACACAGUCAGGAGUCAGAUUUGAGCACAAUGAAAGCUUCAUUAGAGUUGAAGAGAGGCAUGAGCAAUGGCACCACAUCCGGAAAGAUGAAGAGGUUCCUGGGUCAUCAGGCGUUAACCACUUUGAUUGGCAGCUAGCACAGCAGAGCUCAGCCAGAAUUGACCAUUACCAAAAUUACAUUGAGGGGUUGAAAUCUCUCUGCCACAAACAACAAUCAGCAAAGCAUUUAUCCUCUCUGAAGAUAUCCAGAAAUGACAUCAGUUUUGGGAACGGUAUCACAUCUAUGAAUUCCAACUUUUCAAGGUCUGAAGGCUCUUCAUCCUCAUUGGACUCGGACGAACCACCUGAGGAAAAUUUGGAUCCAGUUGGUGCUUGCGCCCAGUCUUCUGAAGACCUUAAUGGCGUAAAGCCUGUGAUGCCGUAUCACUUUUGUCGCAAAUUACCCCGGAUGUUGAGGAGUGAUAAUGCAAGAAUGACACUCUUCAUCCAAAUGGGGUUGUGUGGCGAGUCAUUACAUGACUGGCUUUUGCGUCGCAAUGAUACAAGUGCCCUUGGUCAUGAUCAAGAUGAGAAGUGUGUUGUGGAUCGCAGUCAGUGUCUGUCUUUUUUCAAACAGAUUUUACAGGCAGUAGAAUAUAUACAUUCAAAUAAUAUCAUUCAUAGAGACAUAAAGCCGGCAAAUAUAUUUUUCUCACAAGGUGGGGGAACCCUUCAGCUUGGAGACUUCGGUUUGGCACGACAAUUAUCUGAAACAGUUUUAUAUGAACAGUCUUCAAGAUUAAUACCCACUGAAUCAUCCCUUAUGCCUAUUUCGGAACAUACUCCUAAAUCUACAGGUGUUGGCACUCCUUUAUAUGCAGCGCCAGAAUUGAAAACAGGAGGAAACUAUGGAGUUAAGAGUGACAUGCACAACUUGGGCAUCAUUCUUCUGGAGCUAUUCCAGUCCUUCACAACAAUGUCAGAGAGAAUCCAUACAAUAGAAGCCCUCAAAAUGCAAAGGGUCUUGGAUAAGGAAGUCCUUUUGCACUGGCCGGACAUAGCUCCCUGGAUAUUGAAGCUUACCGAACUAGACCCAACGAAGCGACCUUCUGCAACCGACAUUCUGACAUCUUCCCUGUAUGUCGAGAUGCCAUUAGAACCCUUAGGUAUCAGCCUGCGUAUGAGCCACACCACGAAGACGAACUCAUUAGCUAUUCAGAAAGAAAUGUCACAUUUACGCAACGACUUUUCAAGAGGCAGUGUAGAUAAAUUAGAGCAUUCAAGUCAAUAUGUGCAAUUUACUUUACAUUCUGAGGAAAGUGAUAUAUCAUCAUUUGGGGCCUUAAUUCACUCACAGCAAGAGACACCUGCUAGUUAUUCCAACGAUCAUUUGAUAGCGAGAUUGAAGGAAAAGAAAUCCGUCUUGAUGGAACAGGUUGCAGAACUGCAGAGACAGAUUGAAAAGCUUGAGGCAGACAAAGAAAGGGAGACAAAGGAGAAGGUAAUGCACCUUCCAAGUUCCUAGUGAUGAUUCUGGUGAUCUUAACGCCCAGCUUGUUCAGAAUCCUCUCAAAUAUCUGUUCACAUUUGUUGUUGAUGAUGGAAAGAUUUUUUUUUUUAAUUGUGUAAAGAAAUGGAAGUUAGAAAAAAAAAAAAAAAAAAAUUGUUUUCCCUCUUAUCAUAACUCUGACCCCCAUUCCCUAUAUCCCCCUGCCCCUCUCCCCCACCCUCAGUUGAUGUCAUGUAAAUAUAUUGAACCCCGUGCAGAGGCUCAAUGGAUUAAGCUUCAGCUCUUAGUUUUAGUUGUUCAUGUAGUGUACUUAAAAUGCAGCCAUUUCACCACUAGACGGAAGUUGUCCAUAGACACUUGUAGGACUUCUUCCUGAAUGUACAAAGUUGUGAUUAUUAAUACAGCAUUUUAAGAAUUUUGGGAAGAGAAGGAAUCCAGACUUUAAAUAACCCAAGUACUUUUAGAGGAUAAUGAAAGUACUUCUAAAUAGGCAUGUCUUAAUUUUCUCCCUUUCCCUUAUCAGUUGUAUGAUUGCUGAGUUUGUCAUAAUAAUGUAGUGUGAAUAAAAUGGUCAGUCAUUUCUUUUCAACUAUUACCCAAAUUGAAAAUAUACUUUUGUCAAUUAAUUCCUGUAUAUUUUAAAAAUCAUCGGAGUUGAUAUUCUGAAUUUAUCAACUAAUAUAUCCCCCUUUAAAAAGCCUAAAAAAAAAUGUAGUGACCUGUAGAAAUUAUUGAUACCAAAUAAUAAAGCUUUGUAAGUUG